GAUAAUGAAGCUUAUCGAACGAUCGUCAAGCAAGAGAUACGCACUUGGAUCGACUUCGUUCAAGGUCUUCCCACUUCUGAGUGGCUCAUAAUUCAUGUGACGGCUGCUGCCAAGCCGAAUGCGGGCGGAAUUUUCAGGACCAAGUCUGGCGUAUUGGACAAAAUCAAAGCUGACUUCAAUGUUCCCAAGAAAGACAGAUGCAUUCAACUGUCACACUUCGGCGGCCCGAAUCCAGUCGAUCCAGCCAGUUCCGAUGUUACACAAUGGAAGGAGCUUAUCGCACGGCUCAAGGAUGGACUUAUAGCAGCGUUCGAUAUCAUUGUUGCUGAGAUGGAAGAAUCCGUACGAGGGCUGGACUCAAAGCGAGGUAGUUUGGCGUGGAAUUUUGGAGAGUACUUUGCCGCCAAGGCCAAUUUGGCCAAUAGGUUUGCCUCCAUCUGUCUAUUCGAAGACUGCUUGCUGCAAUACGAGGAGCUGGAUGCAGCUUUCUUCCAA